CGAUGUGCUCCGAUGUUUCAUGGCUCACCGCGAUAUGAUUGCAUCAUCUUGCAGACUGACACCGGCGUCAUCUUUGGCAAAUUAAUGUUGAUCUUCACCUGCACAGUAGGGGAUGUUCAAUAUCCUGUCAUGCUCAUUCUCCCGUAUGAUCGACCAGUUGACGUUCAUUCACGAAAGGACAAAGUCUUUCAGUUUUGGCGCAUUAAGAGAAAGCCUAGGGCUUCUGCAGAGUUUUUCUCAGUUCACUCAAUUGUUUGGGGUUGUAUGAUAGUAGAGGAUGCCAGCAGACCUGACGAGUUUUUAGUUGUUGACACUGUUGAUACAGAUAUGUUCCUUUGA